AGCAGAGAUCAUUCGAAGAGCCAGUCCUACGUAAUGUACGGUUUGAUCACCAAUGAUCUAGACACCGAGUGCAAUAAUAAUUUUCUCGUAUCAAAACAAUAAUGUAAUAAUAAAUGUACAUACACGCACACACACAAACAUUUAACAGAACUUAAUAUAAUAUUUUGUGUGUACCCAUUAAAAUGCAAUUUUAUUGUUCGGCUCAUUGCGCGUGUACGUUUUUACUUAUUUAUCAACUUUGAGUUCGUAACACAAUUUAUAUUCGAAGAAACUCAAUCGAAACGCACUUAUGAUAAUACGAAAAUGACGACGUACCUAGCAAUCCAAUAGAACAUAGUACUCUGUUCAUUCUGAUGACGCUUAAGUCCGAACGAAUCGUAAUCAUGGGAAUCUUUCAUUAGGUUUCUACUAACACCUUGAGAUUGAGGCAACACAUGCAUUCAACAAGUUCAAUUAACUUUGCUGCUGUUGAUCAAUGGGAAACUGUUUUUCAUGUUUGCGCUCUAAGAGUACCACUAGAUCAGUGGCCAAUAACAGUGACAAUGAAGGUUUAAACAAUGUUCUUGACAAAACAAUUGAAGGUCUGGAUUCAAAUGAUUUAAAUCCUCCUGUAAUGGCCCUGAGCAAUGGAGCUCACAGUGCUCCUGUUGUGUCAUCAGUGGGUAGUGAUAAUUGUGGUAGUUUGCGUUCCUCAUUUACCUGUACUCGUUUGACCAAUAUACGAUUGAAUAAUUUCUCAGUUAAGAGUUUCCAUACCAGAGUUCAAAAACUAUUUGACAUUUAUAGAGAUCCUGUUGAAGAUUUGAUUUUAAUUGACGGAAUUGAAAGACUGUGUUGUGAUUUACAAAUGUCACCUGAAGAAUUCCGGAUACUUAUAUUAGCAUGGAAAUGUGAUGCUCAUCAGAUGUGCCGUUUUACACGUUCAGAAUUUUUCAAUGGUUGUCAGACACUUCAGGUGGAUUCAAUAUCGUUAAUGAAAACUAAAUUGUCUGAUGUAGCAAAUGAUCUCAAUUAUAAUACUGAAGAAUUUAAAAGCCUUUACAGGUUUACUUUCAAAUUUGGUUUGGACAAUGCUGUUGGACAGCGUAUUCUUCCAGUUGACACAGCUAUAGUAUUGUGGAAGUUGGUUUUUAAUGUUCAUGAACCAGCAAUACUUGAACGUUGGUUAAAUUUUUUGGAAAGUCAAGAUAAUAUAAGAGGUAUUCCUAAGGAUACAUGGAAUAUGUUUUUAAAUUUUGCUGAAUCUGUAUCCAAUGGUGAUCUUUCUAAUUAUGAUGAUACAGAGGCAUGGCCUAGUGUUUUUGACGAUUUUGUUGAAUAUGAAAAUGACCAAGCUAAUCAAAACAUCAGUGAUAAAGGAAAUGGAAAGAAACAUGGCGGUGUACUUUAAAAUAACAUGAAAGACUAUAACAUAUUUUUUUUUUUUUUUUAUGUUAUAAGGCUUAAAAAUAUUAUUUGACAAACACAUGAUCAUUUUUUAGCUAUCUGAAAAUCAUAAAUACAUUUAAAAACCGUCCAAGAUUAAUACUAAUCACCUUGUUCUUAUAAUGGUAGUAUGAAUUUAAAAUUAAUUCAGAACUUAAUGAAUAUU